AUGGUGGUCAACGGCACUGAGGGCGGCGGUACACUCGCCGGCGUUACCGUGCUGCUGCACCGGUUCGGCGCGGGUUCGGGAUCCAUCGACACCUACGAAGAGACCGCGGAUGCCGACGGAACCUUCCGGUUUGACCGCGUGCCGGCGAUGUCGGAUGGCGACAGCCUCGCGUUGGCGGUGGACUACGGGGAGACCCGUUACACCGAGGUGCUCUCACAGUCGGAUGUAGCCGAGCCCGUGGUCCUGACGGUCUACGAAUUCACCCGGGACGUCGGGGUGGUCGUUACCACGGAGCAGUCGAUCAUCGUGGCGGGGAUCGACUCGGCGACCCGGCGCAUGGCGGCGGUGCAACUGUUCACCCUGGAAAACCGCGGCGAUACCACCCUGGUUCCGGAUCUCUCGGCCCCGCCCAUGAUCGGUCAGUUCAGCUUCCUGCGGUUCUCCCUGCCGCCGGCGGCCACCGACCUGGACGUGUCCACCAACCUGGUGGGCGGUGAGGUGAUACCGGUGGGAACUGGAUUCGCCAUCACCGCGCCCGUCCCGCCGGGCAGGCACCAGGUGAGUUUCACGUUCACCGUGCCAUACGACGGGAACGAAGUGGCGUGGCGGGACAACACCCUGCAGGGAGCGGAAUCGCUGAAUCUGCUGAUCCCGACCGAGUUCGGCAACAUCGGGGUCGGCGGCCUGAUGCCCGACGAUGGUUUUACCGUGGGCGAGGUCACCUACCGGGCGUGGGGCGCGGAAAACCUGGCGCCGGGCGACGGGGUCAGCAUCACCCUGUCCGCAUUGCCCGAGCCUACCUGGAUUGAUAAGGUGGGCAACCCCCUAUCGGAGGCGAGGUUCUGGUUCGGUGCCCUUCCCGUCAUGGUGGGCAUUGCGCUGGCGGGAUUGCUUGGCUGGGGCAUCUGGCGGCGGCCGACGGCGAGCGCCGGCUGA